AUGACCUGUGGAUUCGGCUCCGUGGGCUGUGGAUUUGGCCCCAGGAACUUCAGCUGCGCCUCCGCCUGCGGGCCCCGCCCCGGCCGCUGCUGCAUCACCGCCGCCCCCUACCGCGGGGUCUCCUGCUACCGCGGCCUCACAGGGGGCUUUGGUAGCCAGAGCGUCUGCGGAGCCUUCCGCUCUGGCUCCUGUGGACGCAGCUUCGGAUACCGCUCAGGCGGCGUGUGCGGGCCCAGCCCGCCCUGCAUCACCACCGUGUCCGUCAAUGAGAGCCUCCUCACGCCCCUCAACCUGGAGAUCGACCCCAAUGCGCAGUGCGUGAAGCAUGAGGAGAAGGAGCAGAUCAAGUGUCUCAACAGAGCAGGUUCGGCCUUCAUCGACAAGGUGCGCUUCCUGGAGCAGCAGAACAAGCUGCUGGAGACCAAGUGGCAGUACUACCAGAACCGCAAGUGCUGCGAGAGCAACCUGGAGCCACUGUUUGAGGGCUACAUCGAGACGCUGAGGCGCGAGGCCGAGUGUGUGGAGGCCGACAGCGGGAGGCUGGCCUCAGAGCUCAACCACGUGCAGGAGGUGCUGGAGGGCUACAAGAAGAAGUAUGAAGAAGAAGUUGCACUUCGGGCCACAGCGGAGAAUGAGUUUGUGGUUCUAAAGAAGGACGUGGACUGCGCCUACCUCCGCAAGUCAGACCUGGAGGCCAACGCGGAGGCCCUGACCGAGGAGAUCGACUUCCUGCGGCGACUGUAUGAGGAGGAGAUCCGUGUCCUCCACGCCCACAUCUCAGACACCUCAGUCGUUGUCAAGAUGGACAACAGCCGGGACCUGAACAUGGACUGCGUCAUUGCCGAGAUCAAGGCUCAGUAUGACGACAUCGCCAGCCGCAGCCGGGCCGAGGCCGAGUCCUGGUACCGCAGCAAGGUGAGUGGCCCAGGACACCUGCCUCCUAGACAUGGCAGUGGGCAGUCAGAAGUCCCGACGUAACGGAGAAGACUGGACACAUCCAGGAAAUUGACAAAGAGACCCAGAAAUCAUACCCCACCUUGUUCUCUUCUGGGUCCCCAGAACACCAAGCUGGAGGCCGCAGUGACCCAAUCGGAGGAGCAGGGCGAGACAGCCGUCAGUGAUGCCCGCUGCAAGCUGGCCGAGCUGGAGGCUGCCCUGCAGAAGGCCAAGCAGGACAUGGCCUGCCUGCUCAAGGAGUACCAGGAGGUGAUGAACUCCAAGCUGGGCCUGGACAUUGAGAUCGCCACCUACAGGCGCCUGCUGGAGGGCGAGGAACAGAGGCUGUGUGAAGGCGUUGGAUCUGUGAAUGUCUGUGUCAGCAGCUCCCGGGGCGGAGUCGUCUGUGGGGACCUCUGUGUGUCUGGCUCCAGACCAGUAGUAGGCAGCGCCUGCAAUGCCCCCUGUGGUGGGAACCUGGCAGUGCCCACCGGAAUGUGCGCACCCUGCUGCCAGCUCAACACCACCUGUGGAGGGGGCUCCGGCCUAGGGAGGUGUUAGGCUGCCCCCAGAGAGAGCCAGAGAAGCUCCUACUGCCUGCCAGACGCGCCACUGCGCCCACCCCCAGCUGAGAACAGCGGUGCCUCGGUAGCUGUUCCCCAUGUGUUCUACGAAUACACCGCCCGGCUUAUUCCCAUCAGUCUCUCCUCUGCUCACCUUGUCCUACCAGAAAGGGCUGCUGCUUGGAAUGGACCCUUCUCUUCCGCAUCUUCUCUGGCUCCUCCCAGGCAGGAGGGCUCUCCU